AAAAGCUUCGGCAAUGGGAAGACGUUGACUUUCUUCAAGGGAUUGAUUGAUCUCUUCGAUCCCAAUUUGUGAUCUUUUACUUAUGUUGUUGCAUUUUAUUUGAUUUGCUUGAUCAGUUUUCGAGGUAACUUUGAAUCAGGCGCGAUCACUCCAAGUUAGGAGCUUUUGUGUCGUGUUCGUGAGAUCGAUCUAAAAAGGCUAUAUAAGAUGGUGAAAGCAUCGGACUUUAAAGCAAUUCAAGGGUUUAUUCGAUUGCAUUACACACGGGUCAACCCUGUCACCAUUACCCGCUCAAACCCAUCGGCUCUGUCUUCUCCAGCUAUUCCCUCCAAUGGUGUUUCCCAGCUUCAUAGCUUCCAUAGCUUAUCCUCGAAACCCACUUAUACAAACGUGGGUUUAUCUCAGAUUCUGUCCUCUCAUCCUAAGUUCAGUCCAAAGCUUCAGGCUUUGGGUUUGCCUCGUGUGAAUUUGAGUUUUGCCUCGGCGUUUAGAUUGGUAUCCACUAAGAGCACUGGAUUCCGAAAGGUUGAUGGGAACUUUGCGAGGAAGGUUGUUGAAAAGCCUGUUAAAGCUGUUAGUUCUACUUUUGCUAGAUACCGUGAGGCUAUAGGGUUGCACAUUGAUGGGUUUUGGAAAAAGAAUAGUCUUUUUGUGGUUGGAGCUGGAGGAGUUUUUGUAUGUAUUUUCCUUUGGAGGAUUAUGUUUGGAAUUGCUAGUACAUUUGUUGGCCGUUCAGAGGGCAUGGCCAAGUAUGGGUUUCUAGCACUCUCCUCAGCCAUCGUAGCAUUUUCUGGACUAUACCUUCGCGCAAGGUUCACAAUUAAUCCCGAUAAAGUUUAUAGAAUGACCAUGACGAAGAUCAAUACGGCAGCUGAAAUUCUUGAAGCUAUGGGUGCUCCUCUGUCAGGAUCAGAUUUACGAGCUUAUGUG